CUAGCAUACUGCAACACAUUCGCGAUACAUCCCAGAUUCUUUCUCCAAACCCUCCCCGAUUCUUUUUCCAAACCCUCCCGAUACAUCCCCCAUUCUUUCUCCAACCUCAUUCUACAACUUCAUAUUGUUUUCCGGAGAGCAGAGAAAAAUGCCGUUCUUGACUUAAAAAAGAUUAAAAGAGUAAUACACAAAGGCUUUCAGAGAAUUGAAGAAAAAAUUUUGGGCUCUGCUGACGUGGCAGAGCUCCUAGCAAAUUCAGAGGAAACGGUUUUCUGCGCCUGGUUCGGUUCGUCUGCACCUUGCUCCAGCGCGUGAGGGCGCGUCACAUCGCCGACGACUCCGAUUCCGGUGCCGGUGCUCCGGCGUCUCUUGGUCGUUGAAGUCUGCGGUUGUGAUUUAUGGCUAAACGUGCAAAUAGGGGUCGUGGGGGGAAGAAGGUGUCAAAGGCGUCGUUGAAGGAUGCUUCGGCUAAUCUGGAGAUGGCUUCGCGAUCUAUGGAUUGUGAGGUGGAUCUGAGUGAUGAGGAAGAGAUUUGUGAUCACUUGACAAAGCUUUGUGAGGAUGGGGAGGCUUCGAAGCUUGAUGCUCAGAAUCUGAUUGAUGCCCAGAAGCUUGAUGUCCCUGUUUUGCGUGAGGCGGCUCCUUCUGUUUUGCGUGAGGCUAUAGCGUUUACUUCUGGGUUACCUGAAGUUAAAUCAGUGGCUGAUGUUGGUGUUGAGUCUUCUGGUAUGGUUGCUCAGAAAAGUGCAGUUCAAGAUUGGAGGAAGUUGUUUCAUAAGGAGAAAUCUAUAGGUACAUUGCAGUAUUUUGCUCCUUCUCUUGAAGAUGGUAGAGUUGUAGUAAAGCCACCUAAGAAAGCUAUUGAGGAAGGCAUUUCAAAAUGGUCUUCUUCUCUCGUUGGCCAGUUUCUUGAUAAGCCCCUCCCCUAUUAUAUUGUUAAACGCACUGUUGAAAAUAUUUGGGCUCAAUAUGGGAAGGUUGAAGUAUAUUUGCUGGAGAAUGGCUUAUAUUUGUUUAAAUUUGUUGAUGAGAAGACACGAGAUGAGGUGAUGGAGGAAAAAGUUUGGCAUAUGGCUAAUAAACCUUUGAUCUUGCGUAAAUGGAUUCCUGGUAAAAAGGGACUGAGGCAGGGUGACCCUAUUUCUCCUUACUUGUUUGUUCUUGCUAUGGAGGUUUUCUCUCGGAUUAUGGCUGCACAUACUGGUGGUAAUGUUGGUUUUAAAUUCCAUCCUAAAUGUGAGAGAAUGAAGCUUACUCAUUUGUGUUUUGCAGAUGAUCUUUUGAUUUUUUCAGAAGCUAGUUUGAGUUCUAUUAAAGUUAUCAAGGCUGCUCUUAUUGAGUUUGAGAAUUUGUCUGGGUUGAAAGCUAAUCCUUCUAAGAGUUCUCUUUAUUGUUCUGGAGUAUCAGAUAGAAUGAGGCAUAUUCUAUUAGAUGAUUUGAUGAUGAAGGAAGGUCAUUUCCCUGUGAGAUAUCUUGGGGUUCCUUUUAUUUCAUCCAGACUUUCUGCAGCUGAUUGUGGGGCUUUACUUAGCAGAAUUUCUGGUCGUAUAGAUUCUUGGCUCUCUAAGAAUCUUUCAUAUGCAGGUAGGCUCCAGUUGUUAUCUUCUGUUCUUUACAGUUUACAAGUAUAUUGGAUGGGAAUUUUCAUUCUUCCUAAAAAGAUCAUUAAAGCUAUUGAACAAAAGUUCAAUAGGUUUUUAUGGAAUGGGAAAGAAGAAGGUGUAGCUAAAGCUAAGGUUUCUUGGUCUGAUCUUUGUUUUCCUAAAAAGGAGGGAGGUUUGGGCUUAAAGAAGCUUGAAACUUGGAAUCAAACUUCUAUGCUUAGGCAUAUCUGGAGUAUAUUUGCCAGGUCUGGUUCUAUUUGGGUUGCCUGGGUUAGAGAAAAUCUAUUAAAAAGAAAGAGUUUUUGGAGUGUAGGUAUUCCUCAAAAUUGUUCAUGGAGUUGGAGGAAAAUUUUGAAGCUGAGAUCUAUUGCUAAAAGGUUCUUGAAGUUUGAAGUUGGGCAUGGGGAUAGCAUUCAUAUGUGGCUGGAUUUGUGGCAUCCUGCAGGAGUUUUGAUUGAGCAAUAUGGCUUUAGGGUUGUUUAUGAUGCUCAAAGUAAUAUUGAAGCUAAGCUGUCUUCUGUCAUUUGCAAUGGAGAUUGGUUUUGGAGACCUGCAAGAUCAGAAGCUCUAGUUGAUAUUCAAGCUAGGCUUUCUGAAGUUUGUUUAGGCCAAUGUGAUAAGCCAGUUUGGACUGCUUCUAAAAAGGGUGUCUUUGUUAGUGCAGAGACUUGGGAAGCCCUUAGAAAGAAGAAUGUAGAGGUUACUUGGUGGAAGUUAGUUUGGUUUCCUCUUGCUAUUCCUAAGCAGGCUUUUAUUUUGUGGCUUGCUAUGAAGGAUAGGCUACUUACAGGAGAGAGGUUACUCAAAUGGGGUUAUAAGGGUGAGGUUCAGUGUUGUUUCUGCCAUUCUCAACUAGAAACUCGUGAUCAUAUUUUCUUUGAAUGCAGCUUUAGUUCGAGAGUUUGGAAAUAUUGCAUGUUUCGUUGUAAAAUUGAUAUGCCUCCUGUGAUUUGGGAUGAUCUUGUGCAGCUUGGUUGCAAUAAGUGGGGAAAGAACUCUCUUAAGUGCUUGAUUUGUCAAUUGGUUCUUGGUUCUGUUGUUUAUAAUCUCUGGCGUACUAGAAAUGAACUUAGACAUGAUGGUGUUCCAAAAACUGAAAAGCAGCUACUGAAGCAGAUUUUCUGGGAAAUCAGGGCUAGAAUUGCUGUAAAAAGAGGUUUUCCUAGAACUAGGGAGAACCUUUUGUUGUGUUCAUUGUGGAAUUUGCCUUUUGCCAUCCUCUGUAAUGUUGGCUUGUAGUUUUGUUUUUUGUUUUUAAUAUGUAAGGGUUGUAAGGGGCUGUUUUGGUGUUGAGUAGUUGCUGGUUUUGUAGGUUUUUUGUUUUCCCCUGUCUUUGUAAGGGGUUGUAUUUGUGUUUCAGUGUUGCUCUAUUUUGAGCUUUGAUUUUA